AUAUAAAACAAAGAAAAAGAACCAGAGACUUCAAUUCAGUUCGAGCAUCUUUGAAGAACAGGUCCCCACUUCAAACACCGACUACACGAUGAAGGCUUUCAUUUUCGCUUCCCUCCUCGCCUUGGCCACAGCCUACCCAUACCCAGCAUGGUCCGGCAAAAGCUACCAAUCCCCAUGGUCAGCAGGUUCCAGUCAAGGUCCCUACGGAGGAUGGUACGGUGCCGCUCCAUGGUCCCAAGGAGGUGCAGCUUCUGGAUGGGCUGCCUGGCCUCAAGCAGGAGGUGUUUACGGAGCCCAGUCUGUAUCCCAACAAAACACUGCCCAAGCCAUCCAAGCCACCGUUGGAGGACAGUACGGACCAGUAAACGCUCAAGCUGCCGCUGCUCAAGCCUACCAAGCCGCUAAACAGAUCGUGCAAGGUGCCGAACAGGAACAACAGAACCAAAUCCAAGGAUCCAUCCAAGAAUUGGCUCAAGGACAACAGCAAGGAGGUGUUUGGUCUGGCUGGUACGGAGCACAGAACGCUGGACAGGUACAACAAGCACAAAGUCAGCAAGCUAUCCAGGAACUCGAGACUCAACAACAAUUCCAAGCCCAACCCGGAACAACCGGCCAAAACCUCCAACAAACUCUCCAAGCUGGAAUCGAAGCCCAAUACGCAGCCCAAAACGUUCAAAACCAACAACAACCCGGCCAAGCUCAAGCUUCCGCUGCCCAAUUCCAAGCCCAAGUCCAACAAUUGGUCGACCAAACUAACGCCGAACAAACCAAAAUUGCUAUUGCUGCCGCUCAAUACAAAGCCAACCAACUCCAACAACAACGCCAAUUCGCCAACCAACAAAGCCAGAAGGUCCAAGCUCAACUCGCUGCUGCCAGACAAGUAGGAGCUUCUCCCCAACAAGUCCAGCAAUUGCAACAGGCUCAAGCUCAACUCCAGCAACAGCAACAGGUUCUUGCUGAACAAGAACAGGCCCAGAAUUUGGCCGCUCAGCAAUUGCAACAGGUUCUGAUUUACCAGCAAAGCCAAAUCCAAAACGACAUCGCUUACCAACAGGCUGCCCAGAAUGUUGUUGCCCAAAAGGUUGUUGCUGGAUACUAAAAACUAU